AUGGCACUAACUAAAGAACAGGUCCAGGCUCUGGGGUUUACACGCCCAGCAUCAAAAGGGCCGGACUGGAACGAAGAAGCUCAAACAAGAGGCUCUCUACGGAAUCCAAGACAACUCUGGCCAAAUGGGAUUAUACCGUAUGUCAUAAGUCGAGAAAUAGACGCUAGAGGACGGCAACUGAUCAGAGACUCAAUGCAUGAUUGGGAUAAACACGUGUGUAUCAACUUUAAGCAAAGGGAAGAGGAGCAAUCAUACAUCAAGUUCGUUUAUAAAACGGGGUGUUGGUCGUAUGUGGGACAUACAGGUCGCCCCCAGGAAGUAUCCAUUGGCCGGUACACGGAGGAUCCUCCUUGUGAUCGAGGCGCCCUUACUCACGAAUUAGGACACGCCCUAGGCUUCUUUCACGAACAGAGUCGCCCUGACAGGGAUAAGUACGUCAAAAUCAACUGGGAAAAUAUCCGUAGAGGAACAGAGAAAAACUUCGAAAAAGCAACAGAGGAUAUGAUAGACAGUAGAGAAGUCCCAUAUGACGUUGGAUCCAUAAUGCACUACUCUAAAUACGCUGGCAAUAAUCGCCCUGGACUUAUAACGAUACAGGCUGUGGAACCUUCCGCAGAAAUAGGACAACGUAAGAAGCCCAGUAAACUUGACAUCCAACAAGCUAGGCUUAUGUACAAAUGUGGUAAGCGCAGUCUAAAACAAUUUAAAAUUCGAGAUUUUAAGAAAAGCUGUUCUUUCGUAAAUUGAUUCCUUCUGUUGAGAGGUUUAGAUGAGAGAGUCCUUCCACAAUAGUGAUUUAAGAUUCUGUAUCAAAUGUUUGGGGGUUUAUAACGUCCUCAGCACUACAAGCAUGGUAUUAUUUUUUAGUUCUCCCGAAUUAA